UUCAAGAUUAUGCUGAGGAUAUUAUGUGUACUAUGUGGGUAGUAUAUAACAUGAUUAUAAUUUUUACAGCUCUACUCAUUUGUUGUUAAUUUGUAGUAAAUUUUGUUUACAUAAACUCGAUAUUAUUAGUUACAAAUAAGGAAAUUAUUAUCAAGGAGAGAGAAUCAUUUAAGAAAGAAUUAAAUUCUAAAGAUAUAAUAAUUAUUUAGAUGAUUAGUGAUCACAUAGAAAGUCGUCAUAAGUCGUUUGAAGACUAUUCUUAAUCAAUCUCUCUCUUUCCCUCUCUCCCUUUUUUCUUAUCCUGUCAUAACUCUCUUUGAAUGAGCUUGUCCGUAGAAAGUUUUAUUCCAGCGAAUUCGUAGCGUUGUCGAUACUUUUGACCAAGUAUCUUUUCAAAUGUGACUCUUUACCAACAUGCUGUAUUAAGAUGCUUACGUAGAGUCAUGUAGAGUUGAAAAUGGCGGCAGAGUGAGCAGUGUUGUUUUGAACCGAUCGUUUCUGCCGACAAUCAUACACAUUACUCGAUUCGACUUGAGGACAUAGUCAUGGAUAUCUCAAGUAUGCUUGAGGUACAAGUAAAGGAAGUGAGAGUAGAGACAAAUGUCAAAGAGAACGGUGAACAUAGCGGUUCCAAAGGCAAGGUCACAUCGAGAAGUCAAGGAUUCAAUGCCAUAGAAUCUAUACCGAUCUCUAUAGAUGAGCACAAUUACUAUCAAGUAACGUUCGGCAAGGAUAUAGCAUCUGUACGAUAUCGCAGACUUCAUUGUACAGCUUGUGAUGUACAUAUUGGUUCUGCUCCAUCUCAAUCUCAUAAUAUGUUAGAACAUCCUGUACUUCGUACAUUAUUAUGUGCAAGAUGUCGUGAAUUUUAUGGUGAUGGGACCUUUGAACAGGGGGAUGAUGCUACAGACAUGUUCUGCAGAUGGUGUGCAAAUGGUGGUAAUUUAUAUUGUUGCUCUUAUUGCAGUAAUACAUUUUGUUAUAAAUGUAUACGAAGAAACUUUGUAUCUCGCGUAAGAAAGAAAAUUGAAGCAGAUGAAAAAUGGCAGUGCUUUGUAUGCAACCCAGCCGAUUUAUAUGAUAUGAGAGCUGUAUGCUGGGCUCUACUUCGACAUAUACAAACAGUAACAAGUAUACUACGAAAUGAAAAAAAUAUGAGUCCAGAAAUGAUCAAGGAAAAAAUGAAUUUGGACGAAUCCGAGUGUUGUCCGCGCAGGAGUAAACGUAAGCAAAAACGGAGACAGGAAUCUAAUUCGGAAGAUGAAGACGAGAGUUAUAUUCCUAAAAUUAAUGGAAUACCAAUAAUUAUAAAGCGUAAAUCAACCGCAAGUGUAAAUCAAUACAAGAAACGUAAAUUGAGACACAGCGCACCAAAUGGCACAAAACAAGUACGCCCACUACUAAUUCCUUAUAGACUAUCUGCGUCUUCAUUGCCGAACGAAAAGCCGAAAGAAUCGAAAUCGCCGUUUCCGCAGAACGAACCAGCUAAAAUUGACUGCCAAGAAGCAGUUGUCAAGUCACGCGAGAGUACCGUUACUCCACCACAGAACAAAAUGAACUUGAUUGAUUCUCCCACACCGACGCGAUACGAAUCCAGUGCAAUUCCACCUUCCUUGUACCAUACGGCCAUUAUCAAUCAAACUGCAGCGUCUACAACUUACAUUCGACCGGCUAUGAUGAACUCUGCGUUUCAUCAAAUCAUUCUGCCAGCGCCACCGCCAGUACAAAAGAUUCAGACAAUUCGUAGUAGCUCCUAUAAUUCGUCCCAGUCUCUUCGGAAUUCAAAGAAUUCAAUGGUAUCCAUAUCCAAACCGAUAGAAAAUCGCUCAAGACCUCAACUUAUUUUUCCAACAGUAAGAACAUCCGAAGAAACAUUAACUCCUAAUAUAAUCGACCUCGAUAGUGAUUCCGAUGACGAGCCGAAAAUCGUCAAACAGCAUAAUUCGACGAACAACGAUGUGGAAAAUAUGGACUUUGUAGAUAUCUCCUCUGACAAGAUAAUACCCGUUGCUCUUUUUAGUACAGAAAAUGAUAACAGCAUAAAGGAAGACGACCAACCUCUAAUAGAGGUGUGCACAACUUUAAAGAAACCACCCCCUUCUUUUAGCGAUAUAAUGUUAACGCAUAAUCGAGAACUCGAUACAUUUUUAGAAAACUUAAAAGAAAACAUGCAUAAUUUUUUUACUUUACCUGAUAAUGAGACUGUUAAAGACAGUAAAUUGGCGGCCGACCAAAAAAUCAAACUAUUCCACAAAAAUAUGCGUGAAACAGUUUUCCAGCUAGCGCAUAUUAACGAUAGAGUAAUACGUGAAUAUAACAAAUGGGAGAGGUCCAGGAAGACUGAGACUGAAACAUCAUCAACUAACCAAAGUACAGUGAUGCCCCGAGAAAAUAUAGAUAUUCCUUUAAAUAUGACUUGCGUCAAUGAGUCUGAUACUGAGUCCGAUUAUGAUAAAUCGGAAUAUCAGAUUAUAGAGUCAUCUGAUAAUAUUAAAUCUAGCAACAUUCUUGAAGACUUAUUACUGUUUGAGAAGAACGUAAAACAUUGCAGUGUUGGUAAUAGUGCGCCUUCGACUGAAGAUAAAGCGAUUCAGGUAUACGAUAUUCUUUCAAAGGAUUAUGAAAAAUGUAUCAGUUAUUCUUUGUUGACGAAAGCCCAUUACGAGAAGGAGAUCGACGAGGAUGUUUUGGAACCUGCGAAAACACCCAACGAGAGUUACUUUGAUAAGUAUCAAGAGCAGUUUAUCUUUUAUUUGCAACAUAUAGAGGAUUACGGUAUCGAAACGGAAGAUAUGAAAGGGUUGGAAAAUCCGGACAAAACCUUUAAAGAAUCGAAAAUGCCAGACUCACCGGGUACUUUAGAAUCUCGCCAAAAUAUCAAUUUGCUUACUGCAUUUACCGAAAAGUCGGAAAAUUGCGAUCAAGAAGAAAGUUCGGAAAGUUGCGCUAAUUUCACCGAUAAACUCGACGUGCCGGCAAACACAGCAGACAUUGUGGAGAUUGCGGAAACUAACAGUGAUUGCAAUAAUGAAAUACAAAUUACGAGUAUACAACCUGCCGAGAAAAUCGGAGAAACAAUGAAACCAUCAAAAGUUCAGAAUGGUGCGACAACAUUAAACAAUGAUGAUGCGAGUUCGAGUAAAAAUGCCAAUGACGUAGUAAGUGUGGAAACAGCUAUAACGGAGAGUGAGGACUGUACAAUUAUCGAGGAUUAAUGAAAGACUUCACUAAGUUAUGUGUAAUAUUACGUAAAUACUCGAAUAAUUUACAGUUCUAGUUUAGGAUAAAACCUGCUUUAAACGAUCUAUAAUGUGCGACAGAGAAAAUAAUACAACAGAAUAUUUAUAUUAUUGUUAAUGUGCGCAAAAUGAAGACAUGAUUUAUAAAUAGUUACAAUUCGAAUAGUUAUUAUAUUAAAUAUAACACACAUCUAACUAAAAUAAUUCAGAUUGAAUAGUAAAUAUAAAAUUGUUGGUAUCAUCCUUAUAUGUUUACAUGCGCAAUAUAUUAUGUAUAAUGCAGAUACAUAUGUAUAUAUAUACAUAUUGUGUCCAUAAA